AUGGGAGAGCAUAAUCUUCUUAAUCCCGGGUUUGUGGGACCUCUGGUGAAUAUUCAUACCGGGGACACUUUCUACUUCCCUAAUUUCAGGACCUCGGGGGGGCAGUUACCUGGUUUGCCCUCCCUGUCUUACCCAAGGAGGGACAAUGUGUGCUCUCUGCCCUGGGCAUCCACAGAGCCAUGCAAUGCCUACUCUCAGCCCUAUCUCGGUAGCCCAGUUUCCAUUAACCCUUCCUUCGGCAGAGCCUGUGAUCUGGCCCGGGUGGAGGAGACCAAAUGUUACUACAGAGAGGCGUGCCCUGAGCCCCCCAGCCUGAAGAGAGAGGAGAGGGUGAGGGACAAUGUUCUGAUGCCCUUGGACAGCGGGCUCCCCAAUGGAAUGUCCAGCAACAGCUUCCACAAAUACGAUUACAAUGUAGCAGACGCGGGCGCCCACGAUCCACCAUCCUGCCAGUCUCUAGAGUCAGACUCCAGCUCGUCGCUGAUCAAUGAAGGCACCAAGAAUGCCACCAGUGAAGGUGGUACAAUGGCUUCUCCGACCAACCAAGGCAGCAGCCUCCCUGCCAAUGGGGCUCCUUGGUACCCAAUGCACACGAGGUCCCGCAAGAAGAGAAAACCCUAUUCCAAACUACAGCUGGCUGAACUGGAAGGGGAGUUUAUGGUUAAUGAAUUCAUAACCAGACAACGGAGGAGGGAACUGUCUGAUCGGCUGAGCCUCAGCGACCAACAAGUCAAGAUCUGGUUCCAGAACCGGCGGAUGAAGAAGAAGAGACUUCUCCUGAGAGAGCAAGCCCUGACAUUCUUUUAACCCUGCCCUGCCUGUAGGGGGCGCUGGGAAUAGCGGCCACCACAAGCUCGCUGAGAACUGUAGACUGACCAGGUUUGAUAAAGUCUUUCAUAAUUUCUGUGUCACCAGCUCAAACACCGAAUUCUGGAAUGAGGGGGAAUUCGGCAGCCAAAUAAACUGAAGGGUUCUAGAAUGCUGAGUGCAGUUUCGGAUUACUGGACGCUUCUUAGCCAAUCCUUAACAUUCCUUCCCAAAGAAUUGCGCCUCCCAUGGCUUCUAGAGGGUUGUUUUUAUUUCUCGGCCCUCCAUUUGUUACGUCACAUUUAGCUUUGGUCCUGUCAGUGUUCCCAGUGUUUGUCUCCCCUUAUUGCGAGGCUAUGAAUUUCACCCUAAAUGAACCAUGUGCUGUACUUUCCAAAGGGGUGGGGAAUCAACACUGCGUCCAGUGAGUCCCAUUAACUAUCCUACUGGCCUGAGAUACCCCAAAAAUACAAACAUGAUUCAUUAGCUUGGGGACUCUGCAGUGCAAGACCAUAACUGAGUUCACCAGAUUUAUCAGGAUGAUUGAUUCCUUCUUGAAAAAAAAAAAAAAAAAAUUCAUUAAAGGGUCACUUUCACUUCUUCAUAAAUCCGGUGCAGUUGUUCUGCUCCAGAGCUUGUCAUGGCUGUGCUAUUUGCAGUAUUAGAGGAAUGUGCCUAGGGAAAUGGCCUAUAUAGUAUUAAAUGAGGAAACUCGGUGGGGCUAUGUUUUUGCAUUGUUCCUAUCAUGUAUGUGGAUGGCAAAGUUACAUAUACGCACACUCCAUGGGUGCCAUUUAACCCAGAUAUACUAAAAGUAUUUAAUGAUGUAACCACUUGUUAAAAAGCUAGUUUACAGCCUCGCUGACAGAGGAAUUGCCUCUAUAUCCAAAGACAUUUCAUUUCAGUUCUUUAAAACAUAGAUAUAUAUAUGUAUUUAUAUAUAUAUCCGAGAAAUACAUUUCAUUUCUUUAUAUAUAAUGUAUAUACGUGUAUAUCAUAGAACGACGUAUAUACUUACACGUCAUGUUCAUUUUGAUGAAGGAAGUCCAAGUGAGGAUAGACAAAUUGGAUUGCUGCACCACUUUCAUUUAAAUAAAUGUUUAUUAUCAAGACCCUGAGUGCUCUGUAUUUUAAUUGUGUUUGUUUUUCCUCCAGGGG